UCAAAAUAUGCCAAAGCUUCUUAUAGUUUAACCAACAAUCCUGAUGCACUACGAUUAUACCGAGAUAUGGCCAAGAAAACAGGUGACAAAACUGUACAAUAUACGUAUGCCAAGUAUCUUUUGGAAAUUGCAGCAUUAUAUGAUCAAGGUCGAGAAACGAAACACAACAAAUUAUCAUCAUUCAAACAUUCUUUUGGAGAAGCCAGUCAACGUUUGCGUCAUGAAUUGAAUCAAGUCUCCAAACAUACUCUUGAUCAUUCUAAACACAAGACGACUCCUUUCAGCAAUCCACAACAUCCUCCUGAAAACAAUAGCCAUCGACGCAAGAAACGUGCUUUAGAAGAAGAAGGCAUUCGAUGGAUGAAACGACUAGCAAAAGAACACAUGCCUGAUGCAGCCUUUACCGUUGCCACGUGGAUGGAUGAAUGCAUGUAUGGAUUUACUCGGAAUCCUGCGAAAUCAUUUUUACUUUACGACAUUGCUGCCAAGGCUGGAAUUAGAGAAGCUAUUUACAAAAUUGGUCUUUAUUAUGAAUCCAUCGAUGAUCAUGCAAAUGCUCUCCAUUGUAUCAAAAAAGCAUCUGAAUUAGGUGUUGUACAUGCUACUUUGAAACUGGCCAAGAUUUAUCUACAUGGUGAACUUUCUCAACGACAAAAUAUGACUCUGGCCAUUAGUCUUCUUCAUGAUGCAACCAAUGAUGCUGAUGAAUCUUGUCCUGAACCACCAUAUAUGUUUGGACUUAUUUUGACAAACACUUAUCCAAAAGCAGAAAUCCCUAGACAAGUGGUUGAACAAUAUGGUGGUGUAUUAGCAUCUCUCCCUUAUUUUGAAAAAGCAGUUCAUCUUGGAUAUCCUCCUGCUCAUAGUGCAUUAGGGAAUAUAUUGGAACAUGGAUUAUAUGGUUUAGGAGUGAAUUACGCACAAUGUUAUAUUCAUUAUACCGAAGCAGCCAAACGUGAAGAUGCUCAAGGGAUGCUGGGACUUAGUCGACUCAACAAUCGAGGAUCACAUGGACCAACGGAUGACAAGGAUUUACAACAAAAAAGAAUAUUCUCAGAUGAAUCUGGAUGGUUAGCACAAAGGGAACCCAAUGAAGAAAGCGCCUUUUAUUGGUGUCAAAAAGCGGCUGAUUUGGAAUUAUCAGAAGCUGAAUUCUUAUUAGGUUGGUAUUAUGAAAUCGGUUUAGGAACGCCACGGGAUCUUGAAAAAGCUCAAUGGUAUUAUCAUAAGGCAGCCAUGAAAGGAAAUGAAGAGGCCUAUCAACGACUAGAUCAAGAUUCAUCACAAACUCCAACUAAUAUCACUUUGAAAAAAGAAUCUCAACAAUGCAUUGUAAUGUAA